AUGUUAACUAUACCAGCGACGCUGACCCUGUUAGUUGCAACCGCAUUUGCUUGUUACCUAUUUCCAAGUGACGUGCCGGAUCCGUGUCGGGGAGUGACCUGCGGUUUCGGCGAGCAGUGUCGGCCUACAGCGGACGCAAAGAGUUACAACUGCGAAUGUCCGGCUUCUUGUCCGAGUUAUGGAGACCAUGAAGGAUCGCGACCCCUUUGCGCGAGCGACGCGAGGGACUAUCCAGGGGUCUGCGAGAUGCGACGCGCUGCAUGCGAAACUAACACGAAUAUAACUUUCAAAUACUUUGGUAAAUGUGAUCCUUGUGCUGGAGUAACCUGUCCUGAUCCAGAAGUGUGCCAACUCGAUGAUGGACGCCAGCCUUCCUGUCGUUGUGCCGAGCCCUGCCCUCUUGAGUUUUCACCGGUGUGCGCAUCCGAUGGAAAAACUUAUUCCAACGAAUGUCAAAUGCAUAGAGAGUCAUGUCGUGCUAGAAAACAAUUGAAGAUCAUUUUCAAAGGACAGUGCAGUUCAGGUGUAAACCCGUGUGCUGAAGUAGAGUGCCGCCACGGGGCCGAGUGCCGGGUGGAGGGCAGCGGCGCGGUGUGCGCGUGCCCGCCGCCGUGCGCGCCGGUGCUGCGGCCGGUGUGCGGCUCCGACGCCCGCACACAUGAUAGCGAAUGCGAAUUGAAACGAGCCGCUUGCCUUCUAGGGCGAGAGCUGAAAGUUGUUCACGCAGGCGCUUGUGGUUCGAACGGUGUAUGCGCUGGUCGCGUCUGCCCUCACGGCGGCGAAUGCGUGUCCACGGGUGGACGCGGCGUGUGUCGCUGUCCUAAAUGCUCCAACGAGUUCGCUCCUGUAUGUGGCUCUGAUGGCAUCUCUUAUGGGAAUAGGUGUAAACUACAACUUGAGGCUUGCCGACAUCGACGACACGUGCAAGUGUUGUAUGAUGGACCUUGUAAUGGUUGCGAAAAUAAGAAAUGUGAGUUUUAUGCAGUUUGUGAAAGCGAUGGAGUCUCUGAAGCCAGUUGCGUUUGUCCAAAACAUUGUGAGGAUGGAACUGAAACCGAGGAAAUUUGUGGAAAUGAUAAUCAGACUUACAGCAGUAUUUGCGCACUACGAGACUUAGCUUGUCGGGAAAAGAAACGACUUCACGUUAAGCACAUGGGGUCUUGUGAAUCAUGCGGCGGCGUGCAGUGCCCCGCGGGCAUGCGGUGCGCGCGCGGCGCGUGCGCGUGCGCGGCCUGCGCCGGCGCGCCGCGCGAACCCGUGUGCGCCGACAGCGGCCGCACCUUCCCCAGCGAGUGCUCGCUGCUGCGCGCCGCGUGCGAGGCGCGCGCGCGCGGCGGCCCCUCCCCCACAGUGGCGUACUAUGGGGAGUGCACCGAAACACACGAUGGGAAUUUUACUGCUGGUGUUAAUGGUUCCAACAAAUCGGCGAAGUCAUCGGAUAAUAAUAAUGAAAUACGCCCACUGGACGACACGGAGAGUUCUAGCGCGCCGGCCACCGGCACGGCCGUGUGCGCGCGCGUGCAGUGCGCGUACGAGGCGACGUGCGCUGUAGACGUGAGCGGCCAGCCGAGGUGCGCCUGCCUGUUCGACUGCGCGGCGGCGGCGCCCGCGCCCGUCUGUGCGUCGGAUCUGAGGAUGUAUCCCACCUUGUGCCACAUGAAGUUAGAGGCGUGUCGUCGGCAGGAGGACUUGCGACUUCGGCCUUUAGCUCUGUGCAGAGGGUUGGAGUUUCGUCCUUGUGGCGAUGAUGAACCGCUCAUUGAUGCAGAAGGCCGCCCUAUGGACUGCGGAGGCGGGCCACAUCGUAAGGACUGCCCCACUGGUAGCUACUGCCACCAUACUGCUAAAGCUGCCAGAUGUUGUAGGAAAGAUAAAACAGUGGUAGAAAAGAAAGAUUGUCAAGAAUCUUGGUACGGAUGCUGCGCAGACGGCAUGACACCAGCGAGGGGUCCCGGCGGUUCGGGGUGCCCUUCCCAGUGUGGCUGUCAUAGACUAGGAUCCAUUUCAGAACAAUGUGAUGAAAACGGACAGUGUCAAUGUAGACCAGGGGUCGGUGGUGAGAAGUGCGACCGAUGUGAACCCGGCUAUUGGGGCUUGCCGAGAAUAGGAACGGGGCAUGCUGGGUGUAUACCAUGCGGUUGCUCAGCUUUUGGCUCAGUGCGAGAGGAUUGUGAACAGAUGACUGGUCGCUGUGUUUGCAAAUCUGGUAUACAAGGGCAGAAGUGUACCGUCUGCUCAAACCACGAACACACCCUUGGUCCGAAUGGUUGUUUCGAUCCGGAAUCAACCCAACUACCUGCCACUGAUUGUGAGCGCAUGACCUGUUAUUUUGGAGCCUACUGCGUUAUUCGCAGUGGCUUAGCCACUUGUGAAUGCGGGGCUUCAGAGUGUUCUGCAGCUGAAGCACCCUCUGUUUGUGGGAGUGAUGGACGCACAUACAUCUCCACUUGCCAUUUAAGAGCUCACGCGUGUAGAACCCAGUCUGAUGUCGUGGUCCAAGCCUUUGGUCCUUGUGGUGAAGAAGCCCCAACUGUCAGGCGAGAAAAGGUACACGCACUUGUAUCAAAGGCGAAUGAAGGAGGGAGUGGUUGUAAUAAGAACGUGCCAAAACCGAUUCCCAUUGAAAAUCAUUCAGAGGAAGAGCAAUACAUAACAAAUGAGGUUGAGGAAAAUUAUCCAAUAUAUGAUGAAUAUUUUGAAGAGAAUGAAAAUGAAAUAUACACAGCGCCAUUGUUCGAUGGACUGGCUCAAAUGACAGCAAGAACUCAUUUGCCCGCCAAACGAUUUGAUAUUUGGGCGGAAGUAUCCGCUGUGUGUGGAACGGGUGCUUUAAUAAGUGCCUCAGGUGUGAGAGAUUAUUUAUGGCUCGGUUUUGUAGAUAAUAGAGCCAUAUUGAGAUGGGACACGGGGAACGGGCCGUCGGAGUUACGCUCUGGGAAAGUGAAAGUUGAUGUCAAGUCCAAAAUAUCUGCGAGGCGAUAUAAGAAAGAUGCAAUGUUAAAACUAGGAUCGACUACUGCGAGGGGCACGACGCAUGGACGGAUGAGUUCCCUAGAUGUGGAUCCCUACAUCCACGUCGGUCAACCACCCGAUAAUAUUACGAAGUUGUCGGGCACGCACGCCCUGCACGGGUUCGUGGGGUGCGUGCACCGCCUGCGCGUGAGCGGGCGCGACAUCAUCCCGCCGGCGCGCGGCCUGGCCGUGGUCGCGCGCGGCCUGCGCCCCUGCACGCCCUACAACCUCGCGCAGAUACAGUGUCCU